CGAAGGGCCGCCAAGGGGUUUAGGCGGGUUGAGAGAGCUCGGAGCGGGCCUGGGUGGGUGAAGGAGUGGGGAGCUGCCCCGGUUGAGGGGUGGAGGCGGCGCUGAGGGGAGCGGCGGGGCAGAAGGCCUCUGCUAGCCGUCAGGCCGGCGUUGUGGAGGCUGACGGGCCUUCUGGAGGGACGUAUGGAGGAGGGCCUGCAGGCCCCUCUCUUACCUGGCGGAGGCAGCACUGUGCUGGGCCUUUCCUCGCCGUUCCCGGGCGAUACUUGCGCCGACUGUUGUGGGGCGGUGGUUAUGCUCUCGCCCCGGCUCCUGGUCGGGCUGGAGGGUGGCUUUUAGCGAGGUCUUCCUGCCACUAACCUAGUGCUGUCAUUUCUGAAGCGCCGGUGUGAGAGGAGCCAGUGAGGUCAGAUUGGGUCUGUCUAGUCCUAUCUCUGGUGGCUAAAGAUGCUCACAGAAGAGCAGAUCAGGCAUCGGGCACGUUUAGGUAUCAAAGUUAACAUUCAGGGAUUGGAUAGCUCGCAGCAGAGGUUAUUUGCAAUCUUUGGAAGGAAAUUACAUUAUUUUAGAGGCUUUUACGGUGUUUCGUCAUUAAGCAGAAGCAUAUUUAUUGAGAAAUGAGCCUACGAAGUCAUUGCAAGUAGUCCAAGGAGUCUGGCACUGUGAGGCAUUACCUUAAUUGGUUUUAGGUGCUGUCAUGAAUAACUCAAAUAAAUAAUACAAGUAACUUAGAAGAGAAAUGCCUGAUAGACCUUCUAUUUCUCUUGCUGGAUAAAAAUAACUUGGAACCUGAUUUGCAGUGGCCGUGGAUAAUCAGUGAAAAUAUACAGCAUUUUCUGGAAUAUUGAAUGUUCUCAUAAUGAAGAUCUCUCUUCUGCAGCAGAUGUAUAAGGACGUACUGGUAGGCAUUCCACUAGCAAAGGAAAGCCAUCAUUAUACCUCUUUACUUAAUCUGUGUAUUGAGCAGUCACUAGAAAGAGAUGAAUCGUGUAAUGGGAUGCAUCUGCUGUCUACUAAUGGUGGUAUUAGGAGCCAUCAGGACACUGAUAUGUCAGAUGCGGUUGUCCCUACAACAGAUGAUAUAUCAAAUAGCUUUGCAAACAUGAACCCCUCAUUCUGUCCACGAGAAGUGAUGCUGCUUCAAUUAACCUUGAUCAAGAUGAUGGUUGCUAAAGCAGAGUCCCAGGAAAUUGAAUUCAAUAUGAGACAGAAGUACAGUGAAAUCUUUGUCCUUCUUCUGAAGGAGGCAAAAAUUGACUCAAAAUUGAUUUGUCUGCUUGGUAGUUAUGAUCGGCUGUUAUCUCACAUGGCUUCAAAAAGUUUAGCAUCUCUAGUGUAUUUCCAGCUGAAGGAAGAGAACGCAUUAAAUGUCACCUGGCUCACCUUUAGUUUGAAGACUCUCUCAGGAUUCCCUGUGAAUACCCAGGUGGCAGAAUGUCUGUGGACUCUUGCAACUGUUAUCAAGGUCAUACUGAAAGAUAAAGUUUUACCCAAAGCAGGUAUUUUGAAGAAGUUGUUGGUUCCUCUUGAUGCUGUGCUUGAAGGAUUUUAUAAUUCCAUUCUGUUCCAUCAUUUUGACAGUCACCACUAUACUUCACCGUAUUCUGAAGCUGCAAACAAUUUGAUCAGUUUUAUAGAUCUGCUUGAAGCACUUCUGGCUUCCAGAAUUGAAUUGGAACUACCACUCAGAUGCCAGAGAGUAUUAUUUUUGAAAGUUUCUUAUGUCCUGAACCUCAUUAGCUCAUCAAUUCACUAUUUAAUCAAGAAGAAGUUCAUUAUGCUCCUUAAAAAAUGUGUCCUUUACAAGUCUAGAGAAGAUGCCAGAAGUGGAUCACUGCUCUUACAAAACCCAUCUUUAUGUGAGGAUAUGCUUGCACUGAGUGAUGCUGUUCUGCAGGUUGUGAAUUUGACUUGGCUUAAUCAGAUCCCGCUCAGUGAAAAGGUCAGCUACUUUGGAGGCAGCGAAGCUGCUCCUGGGGGUGAUACUCAAGGUGGUUCUGACCAAACUGUUCUUAGAGCCUUAAGUCUGGUUGUGCUUAAAGCACUGGAAUUCAAGUUUCAGAACUCUGCUACAGAACCUGAAAACAAAGCCGUGCAAUAUGGGGGGCUUGAAACAGCUACAUUUGGGAUUGGAAACUUUUCCUGUUAUGAACAUGUGUUAAUAUCUGAAAUAGUUGAGCCAGAUUAUGAACACCAGGCUCUUCUCUGUUUGGAAAAGAAGAGAGCCCAUAGCACAAGUACCUACCCUAUUCGGGGUGGGGAACUAAAAGGAUACUUUCAGAGCUCCAUGUCCCAGCUGUUGAUAUUCUGGAGGAGUCAUCUGAAGUCUUCCCCACAGUCUCACCCAGUUGUACAUCACUGUGAAUGGCUCUCCUUGAUUUUUAUAGAGCAAGAUGAUGAUAUGUGGGAAGCUGCUAAAGCUUUAUUACUCAUUUAUUUAAAAUUUGAUAGGUUAUGGCAUGAUGCUGCUGAUACCUUAAGCCAAAAAGGGGAGGAAACCUGGAACUGCCUUACGCAUGCAAGUGGAUAUAAUCCUCACUGUAUCUUCUUAUUUUUUCUAGAAAAGAUUGCAUUUGAUUCCACAGUACUACUAGAUUUUUUGAUUUCAUCAGAAACUUGCUUUCUGGAGUACUUGGUAAGGUACCUAAAGCUUCUUAGAAAAGACUGGCAACAGUUUGUGGAUGUCUGUAACCUUUUUGAUACCAAACAUGGCACUUUUCAAUCAAUUUCUUCUGUCAAGCCACUUCAUCAAGAAAAACAAAGCUAUAUGACUGAUGAGAGUUUGCAAAAUGCUUGUUGUGAACAAGAACCACAGACUUCGGUAUCUUUGGCUUCUCACAAUUACUUUGUGUUUACAACAGAGCAAGGUGAUAAUGAAGUUGCAGAGUCUAACCAGUCUAACUCAUUGAUAUGCACUGAUAGUACAUCUCUGCUGGGUUCUCUUCAAAGCCUUGUUAAUUAUGACAGCUCAGAUGACUCUGAAUUAGAAUCAGAUGGAAAAGAGUGCUUGGUAAACACAAAGCAGGUGCCUUUAAAUAAUGAGAGCAAGACGAGGAUAAGGGAAACUGGAUGCACCUACACAGAUGAUAAAUGGAACACACACAAGUCUGAAAUGUUGCCGCUGAAACAAAAGGGAUCUAAUAACUCAUCCUGUUUGACUUGCAUGGCGUCCUCGGAUGACAUCAUUCCAGUAAGAAUAAUGUUUUACAAGUCAACAAAAUGUUUGGAAGAACUGCAAAAAGCUAUUUCUAGGUUGCAGAGAAGAAAUCUUUUCCCAUAUAAUCCAUCUGCAUUGUUGAAACUACUGAGCCACAUUGGGAAGAUCAGUGAGAAUAUGAAUCCCCAAUACCCAAAGAAGUGUACUAGUGAUUAUUUUUUUAACUAGUACACUAGUGGAUGUUUCCAUUACAUUAAUGACUGCUAAAGCUUAUGCCUCUUGCACCUGUCAGUGUAUUUAACCUGAAACAGGAUAAACGUGUGUGACACCUUUAAAAAUCUGCAGUUGCACUCAGUGAUAUGACCCAUUACCUUGGGGUCCUAAGCUUAUUCAUGCUGUGUAUGUCAGUGUACGCUAUAUAAGGAUUAAUUGUUAGUUAUUCAAAAUUUGAUGUGAAAGCAUAUCAACAACAUAUGAUACUUAAAGUAUUGUCAAUUAUACUUAAUGUCAUUCUAUAUAUGAAGUCAUUGCCAGAUUGGUAGUGAUUUAUGGACUACAGUGCAGUGUUAAUGCAACACUUGACUGCUUAGAGGUUGAGCUAAAUAAAAUAUUUUAGUUGGUGAAAGUUUUGAUGUUUAUACCAUGAGUUCUGCAUCUGUGCUUUUAAGUGGACAUUCAGAUGUGCUACCACAAUAACACAUGCCACACUUUUCUUGGCUGUAGUGCUUAACUGAUGUCUAGGGUGUACUUUU